UAAAUUUGGAGGAAAGUUGAAUAAUUUAUAAAAAUGGAGGGCAAAUUCCACUCAGAAGAUUUUAGAGAAAAAUUUAGGAGAUCACUGUGAUGCUACAGACCGGACAUCAAGAGAAAAAGAGAGGAAUUCAUGGUCUCUCUGAGGAAGAAAUAACAGGAAAGCUAUAUUCAACAUUAAAAGAGGAUUGCAAGCAGAUAAUGAUGGUGAAGAAAAUGACAAAGAAGUAUGAGAAACUACUCUCAAUGCUUAUAAAGCACUAGGAAUUGAUAGAGCAGAUGAUCCAAUAGAUAUUAUUAAAUUUGCUAAAACUAUCCUGCACAAUUCUCCAGCAGAUCGCCAAAAUGUCUUAGAGGUCAUCCUUGAUUUGAUGUGCAAUACUAAUAUUGAGGAAGGAGAAGAUCGAAGAGUGAAUAUGAAAAGGAUUUCAGCAGAAAUAUAAAAGGCUGUAUUAACAAGAAAAAACCAGAACUAUGACUGAUAGCUUUAAAGGUACUUCGGAUAUCAUUACACUCAGGAGCCUUUUGUGAAAAGAGUUUUAAUACUUUUGUGACAUCUGGGUUAUUAAAUGACAUCCUCGAUAUUUUAGAAAUCUGAGACGAUAUUAGAACAAAAAUGCAACUGAUCAAUGCAGCCAUAGACUGAAUUAUUGCUGCCGCUAUUAGUUGAUUGUUUGUACUGAAGUCAAUUCAAAACAGAGGAAUAUUCUUGAAACUCUUUGAUUUAUCAGAGAGGUUUACAGACCAAGAGAUACAAAGAUAUUUUCCUAACUUCUAUACCUGUAUUUGAGCAGUGACUGAUAAAUUAGUCGCUGUGAAUUGUCAUUAUGAUAUUAAAAAGAUUUCAAGAAUCUUAAUCUUUCAGCUUGAUACUAUCAUCAAGCCAGAAGAAAAAGUACCUCUACAGUUUGAUGAAGAGGAUUGUAAGCAGAGAGUUUCCCAAGAAAUGAUGGCACACCAGAUAUUGAGGUCAAUCUUUAACAUUACAAAAGCUGAUGUAAAAUUAUGAGAGCUGUACCUUGAAGUAGAAGAGUUUAAGAUAAUCCUACUGAAAUGUUUAUCCUCAUGCAAAGAUUCUAUUGUAAUUCCAUCCUUGCAGAUCGCUUCAAAUAUGAGUAUGCCAAACUUUGAAUUUGAUAUCAUAAGUUACUUGAUAGACCAUGGAUUAUUAGAAAAGUUGAAAGACUAUAUUAGCCAUCCAAACGAGAUCCUACGUAAAGAUUUCCAGCUUCUUUUCUAUAAUAUUCUUGUACAAUGACCAACAGUUUACCAGGAAAUAUGUGAAAAGGGAGAACUGAGAAAAAUAAUCCUUGACCUUAUGCAAAGUGAAAGCAUUUCAGAUAGAUAUGAAGGGGCUCAACUCUUUAAUAUGAUACUAAUAAAAGGAAUGUGGAAUCUGGAAGAUGUAGAAAUAAUGGGUAAGGAUUAUCUUACCAUUCUCACAAAGGAACAUGAAGAAUCUCGGGUUCAGAUUACUAAAAUUAUGGAGGAUGAUUUCUUUGCCAAAUUUAUUGAGUCCCUUGAAGAGCCGAUCAUUCCACCUCAAUAUAUUGAAGAAAGCAUAACUAUUCUUGAGAAUAUCAUGGAAUAUUAUAAAAACAGUGAAAUGUACCAACAAAUUAUUGAUUAUUUCAGAGAACUGGGAGGUGAAGAAAUAAUGGGAAAGUAUCUACUCUCUCCAAAUAAGAACCUCGCUAGUUGUUAUUCAAAUACAUCCCUCAAGAUCCAGCAUUUCCUUGAAAGGUACAUGGACUACGAGCCCUUUGAUCCCAUUGAGACUAAGAGUGAUGAAAUGGAUAUUACUGAAAUAUGUGAAACUAUUUGCUCUCUCUAA